AUGUCCUUGAGACCCAUCACCACUACUAUCCGGACCUCCCUCCGCUUCAGACCCCUCCCCCUCCUCAGAGCCUACCAUCACCCAGAGCUAUCCAACAAAGGCGAGAAAUUCUACAUCCCGCCGCAAUACCCCGACAACUUUGAAUCUCCCCCCCUCAUCAAGAAAAAAGACAGCAGCGGCCACGAGAGAUGGGAGGAGAUUGACUCGACAGUAAGCGAGGCGUCGGUCAAGGCUGAUCGGGGCGACGUGCAAUUCGAGGUGAAGCAGCAGGAGAGCAAGAGUAAGAAGAAAGUUCGGCAGGAUUUGGAGCCUGAGCCGACUGUUCACGAUAUGUGA